AUGCCCCUGAACCGCACCAUCCCUCUGUCAGUCGCUUUGGACUCUGUGGGUGACUACUUGGUGUUCAUCUUCCACAUCGUGUUUGCCACCAGCGCGGUCUCGGUGGCCGGCUCGGUGGUCGUGGGCAUCGCUUCCAGCCGCUGGCUGCGCGUCCAGAACCGCUUCGUUUUCAUGCUCAACACCAGCGUCAGCGACACGCUGACGGGCCUCUCCGUCUACUACUUGGGCCUGUUUGACGUCCAGGAGGGCUACCCGUCCCGGAACGGAACCUUCUACAUCCUCCCCUCCUUCCUCGGCGUCAACGUGUUGACCUUCUUGUUUGCUCAGUUUGACCGCUACCUGGCCGUCUGUCACCCGUUCUUCUACGAGCGCUACAUCAGCCGCUCGCUCGUGAUCGGCGUGUGCGUCUUCUGCUGGAUCUACACCUACUCCAUCCUCACCGUGCAGAACAUGGUGCCCAUUUCCAAGGCGGCCCAGAUCAACGCCUUCGGGGUCAUGACGCUGCAGAUCAUCGUGUUGGUCAAGGUGCUGAUGACGGUCAAGUUGUACACCAUCGCCCGCAACCACCUGUCCCGGGAGCCGCCCAGCGCCGAGCGGGACAACAAGAGGGAGUCGCUGCGCAUCAUCGUUUUCGUGGUCAUCUGCUUUCUGGCCCUCUGGUGCCCCUCGUUCGUCAACAUCAUCGUCCGGCAGCUCACCCGGACCGGGGUCCGCUUCCGCAACGAGGCCACCAACCUGUUUGCCAUCAUGGCGCGCCUCAACGCGCUGGUCACCCCGGCGCUCUACAUUUGGGGGAGCCCGGCCCUGAGGGGAGCCGUGUGGAGGAUCGUCUGGAGGCGGGUGUGCCCGUGCCCCGGGCGGAGGGCCAGAAUCGAUUUCACUUCAAAGGUGUGA